CCAAAAAAAAAAAAAGGGGAACCCAGCCAUGCCUUUGAGAAACCGGUGAGAUAAGCUUGGUUUUGGCCUUCUUUUCUUGCUCUAGGACUUAAAUGGAACCCAGAAAUCCCCUCCCCUCUGCAGAAAUCCGGAUCUGCCUUGCUCUGCUUUGUCCUUCCGCCGGCUGCUCUUGAUUGUGGGUGAUUUCUGGGCAUUUUUUCGAUUUCCCGAAUUUCCCCUUGAAUUUUCUGCAAUUGCCGCCGGCUUCUCUCCCAAACUGCAGCUCGGUUUGCUUGCUAAAUUAUGCUUUAGGAUAAAGUUUAAGCAUUGAUUCGAGUGGAAUUUAUGUGAUUGAGUGUUAAUUGAUUGCUGUGAUUUUUUGGAGAAAAUCCCGUGAGAAUAGGCUAUGGUUUUGCCCAUUUUGGAAGUUGGAGUUACUGUUUACGUCGUGGUUACUGUUUACGGCACUGUUCACGGGUUUCUGGUCAUUUUGUCAGUUAGCACUGAGAUCGAGUCUUCAGUUUUAUACGAGUGAGAAAGUGAAACCGAGGACGGGGAGACCACGGGAAGUGACGAGUUAAAAGGCUAGCCAUUUUGUAAAUUGAUAUCAAUUUUUAGAUAUAAAUCAUGAUCUUGUAAACUAGAGUGUAUUUGGAGAUUUUACGAUAUUAGAGCAAUUUUAAAGAAAUUGAUCUUCAGAUU